UCGGAUCCCUCUUCAGUUUAAUCAUGAGUUAUAAAGUGGGCGAGGAAAAACUACGCGAAUACUACCAGGUGUCCCUGGAACUGGUCAGGAAGUGCGGCCCCCUGUUCCUGGAGGGUUUCCAGAAUCCGAAAGCGGACUAUGAGGUGAAGUCUGCUUUUUACGACUUGGUCACGGUGAACGACAGGCAGAUAGAAGCUGCGCUGACGGAAGGUCUGCUCAAGGCCUUUCCGGAAUCAAAAAUUAUAGGCGAGGAAGCUUUGGCAGACGCCACAGCCCAGCCGGAACUGACCGAUGCCCCCACUUGGAUCAUAGAUCCCAUCGACGGCACUAACAACUACGUGCGGAAGAUACCCCACUGCUGUAUCUCCGUGGGUCUGACCGUUAACAAAGAGCUCGUCCUGGGGAUAGUCUACAAUCCCGCGGCAAACGAGUUGUAUUCCGCUUGGCAAGGUCACGGGGCUUUCUUAAAUGGUCAGCCCAUUGGCGUCUCUAACGUAAAGGAGAUACAGCAAGCUGUGGUGGGCUAUGAGACCUCCCUAAUCGUGGUGUCCAAGGGGCGGGACAAAUGCGUGAAGCGCCUCUACAAGCUGGCCUCAAAUGCCACCGGCACUCGCAGCUUCGGGUGUGCAGCUCUCACGCUCUGCUACAUAGCCGCCGGCCGAUGCGACGCCUAUCUUGUGGAGAAUCUUAAGCCCUGGGAUCUGGCCGGCGGUGCCCUAAUCCUCAGGGAAGCUGGUGGCUUUGUCUACCACACCAGCGGAGCACGGUUCGAUGUGAUGAAGCCCGAUUGCGUGUGCACCUGUUCCGAAGGACUGGCCAAAAACGUAAUCCAGUUGAUAGAGGAGGCGGAUCAGAUCACAGACUACACUAUGGAAUAAAGAGGAACUACCUAGGAUGAAUAAACAUACGUUUUGAUCAAAUUGAAGGUUGUAAAUUGAUCUGUACCCAAUAAAAAUGCACAGUCGAACCAUUUUGAGUUUAA